AUGUGCUCAUCGUGCAUACCAAAAGGGGUGAAAACUUUUACAUCCAAGUUCACUGUACAAGAAAGCUAUGACUUGGCAAGUGAACUUCAAGAUAACUACAAAGAAAUGGAAAAUUUUACACUAACAUCUACGAAGAGAUUAGAUAUUGAUUUUAGCGAUUUGAAAAACACAAUCCCACGAAAAGAAGCGGCUGCAAAUACACCACAACAGAAAAUUCUUGGGAAGACCGGUGAUCCAAAUGACUUCAUGGGCUAUAAUGAAACUUCUAGAUUCUACGGGAACUUUUCAAACUCCUUGCUUGCGUGCAAACUUCAAUACUCUCAAACAGGUAUCGAAAUUAAAGGCAGUGGAGAACAAUCUUUAGAUUUUUCACAACUAUUUCUGGUUUUUUCCAAGGCACCGGAAUAUGAAGAAACAAAAUACAAUUUACCUUCUGGACACCAAGAGAUGAAACAGGUAGCUUCUUUUGAAGGAGAAUUACAAAGGAAAUGGCCUUACAAACUGCUUGAAAACUAG